AAGGGGAGUUUCACGAUCAGAGGUCAGGCUCGAAGACCAGAGGUGAACAAGCGGAGGCCGAGUAGCGUAUUAAGCAGGUAAGGAUCAAACAGAAGCGUAGUCAGUAAAUAAGCCAAAGUCAAUAAUGAGCAGUCGCAGGUUGGGAUCAGGCAGAAGCGUAGUCGAGAAGAAGCCAAAGGUCAAUAACAAGUGGUAGCAAAAUAUGGAUGACAGCAGAGAAGGCAAGGAGCAAGAAAUGCAGAGACAUGGCUUAUAUCAGGAAGUUCAUGGGAGGAGCAAGGGGUUCAAGGUUUAUGACAAACAAGAUCAAGGCAGGAUCAUUCAAAUAAUUGUCAAGGGAGUUGUCCAUCAUUCCAGGUGGCUCAGCAAGAAGAAACAUUGUUACUCACCACAGAAGGCCCAGGUUUGGAUCCAUGCUCCAAUGGGGAGGGGGGUUAAAUCUACCAGAGGGCAAGUGGUUAAG